CCCUAAAAGAUGGUGCUAGUAUUAAUAAUCUUGUAACUUUUGACGUUCACGUUGUCAAUGUUAUCAACGAAGAUAAUCUCCCGAACAUUACUGUCUACAACGGAAGUGUCACUUUGAAUGAAGAGAGUCCAGUUGGGACCAUUGUACCUUUUAAUUACACGGUACCAAAUCUGGUGAACAGGACUGCUGUGUAUACUCUACAAAAUACAUCCUCAAUAUUCACAAUAGACCACCAAACCGGGGUGAUCACUCUAAACACAAAAAUUGAUGCAGAUUCUCUACCAUCAGCCAAGCUAGUUUACACCAUAAUCCUGGAAGUGAAUACUAGUGAUGCCAGAUCGUCGUCUGUGACCCUCACCCUAACAAUACAAGACAUCAAUGACAACCCGCCCAGGUGUAAUGAGCUGGUCCACUACAGUAGCGUUGCAGAAAACACUACAGCUCUGACUCAGGUCUACAGCCUGAACUGUACUGAUGCUGACUACAGCCCAAGCUUUCGUAACCUCUCUUACACAAUAGUACAAGGGAACACAACUCUCUUCAGUGUGAACAGCUCAGGAGCAAUAGAAACGCUCGGUGUCUUAGAUUACGAAUUAAUUGAAAAAGAGACAUUGUUGAUCAAAGUGUCAGAUGAUGGACCACAUGUUGUACCUACAGUGACAGUCAUAAUAGUGGUGACUGGGAUAAAUGACAACAUUCCAUCAUUCUCUUCCUGGCAACCUGUAAUCCCUGCUGAUAGUACAUACUAUUUGGCUGAGAACAGCAGUGUGGGGACCACUUUGUUCAUAGUGAACGCCACUGAUAACGAUAAGGGAAUUGGCAGUGACAUCACAUAUUCCAUAUCGGCCACUUCUGGUUCAUUAAGUAUUCAGAAUAUUUUCACAAUCGACCCCAAAUUUGGUGCCGUCACUCUUGUGGGACAAGUCGAUGCUGACAAAGGUCCGUCUAUCUACAAUAUAACAGUAAAGGCAAGUGAUGGCAAUUAUGAAGACACAAGAGAUGUAUUCAUUCACGUGACAGAUGUCAACGACAAUGUUCCUAGAUUUGUUGGUCUCCCUUACAAUGUGACUCUGUGGGAACAAAACUGCACUGCCAAUUUUAUAAUAGCUAAUCUUACCACUAGCGAUGCAGAUGUUUCCUCCGGGAAUUUGACAAUAAAUGUUGACAGUAUUGUUUAUGGCUUUGGUACAAAAACUGACUGGGAAAUAAUCUCAACUAGUCCAACCACAGGGCAACUAAUUUUGAAACGCACUCUUGAUCUUGAUAAAAAUGAUACAAGUGUAUAUUUACUCAAGAUCACAGUGAGAGAUGGUGGCAGUCCUGAGCUAACUGGUACCACUAGUUUAACUUUAUAUAUUCUUCCUGACAAUGAAUUCAAGCCUGAAAUAAUCCACAUCUCAGAUCUAACAAUUUUUGAAAACGAAACAAUAGGAACAGUUCUAGAGACUUUGACAGCCAGUGAUAAUGACAAAGGACUAGAAGGACAGCUUGUUUACUCUAUUAAAGGUGGAAAUAAUAAUAGUGCAUUUGACAUUGAUUCUAUUGGAAACCUGAGAUUAGUACAAAGACUUGAUAAGGAGCAUCUAGAGUUUUACAACCUAACAAUUGAAGUGAGAGACUCAGGGGUUGAUCAAAAGACUGCAACUGCACUAAUUAACAUAACAGUAACAGAUGUGAAUGAAUUUAUGCCAGAGUGUCCUUCAUUACUAUACAUUACAUAUUUGGAUGAAAAUGCAACAGUCAAUACUUCAGUCGAUCAAUUCAAUUGCUCUGACAGAGAUGGUGACUUACUCACCUACACUGUUCAGUGGCCAGAAAAUACAACAUUUAGCUACUCAACUGCAUUGCAAGGUUUAAAGCUUAGCAAAGAGGUUGAUUAUGAUUCCUCAACCCAACAGUAUACUGUCAAGGUGGAUGUCAGUGAUGGUAAAUUUACAACAGUUGUUUCUCUCAGGAUAUUGUUGAACCCCAUAAAUGAAUUUCUACCAGAGUUCUGGUCAAAUGUAACCAUUAACAUUACUGAAAACAGCAAGCCAAACAACCCCAUCUUGAACUACACAGCUACUGAUAGAGAUUACAGCCCACACAAUAUUGUUAAAUAUAGUCUAAAGCCAGAUGCGAGCAUCAACUCCUUAUUUAGCAUAGAGCCCAGCUCAGGUGAUAUUAGUUUAAUCAAAGCAUUAGACUAUGAAAGCCUUCCAGAUGGUCAUAAGUUUUACCUCCUAGAAGUUACUGCUGAAGAUGGUGGAGGUUUACAGGGAUCUGGCACUGUAACAGUCUCUGUUCUUGAUGUCAAUGACAAUGCACCAAAAUGUAGUCAUGAAUUUUUUACAGUCUGUGUUAAUGAAACUCAAACUGGAAGUGGCCCUUAUGACUUGAUAUCAUCUCUGGACUGUAAAGAUGUUGAAGAUGGGAACCAUGUGAAUUUUUCACUGGUUCAAACACCAGGAUCACACUUUAGUCUAAAUAAUCAAACACUCCAACUCAUAAACAACACACUGGACUAUGAGAUAGCAACAACACACAUAUUGACCAUCACAGUAUCUGAUAAUGGAUUGCGUUCUCUGAAUAGCACAGUCAUGAUCUAUGUCAAGGUUCUGAACAUGAAUGAUGGACCUCCUAUAUUUCAAGUGACCUCUCCAAUACAUAUAUCUGAGAGCUCUGAUAUUGGGACAAAUGUUACAGUUGAGAAGGCUACAGAUCCAGAUGGAAAUGAUUUGGUCUUUGGAGAUCCUCAGUACUCAAUAAUCAGCGGUGAUCCCACCAAUCAAUUUAGCAUUGGAUUAACCAGUGGAGAAAUAGUUUUGAGAAAAGCUUUGGACUAUGAAACUGUACCAUCAUAUGAGAUAGUCAUUAAGGCUAUUGAGAGAGGUGGUGAGCUGAGCACCAUGGCAAAUAUUACCUUCAUAGUUGAUGAUGUUAAUGAUGAAGUGCCUGUUUGUUCACCCAACUCCAUCUUUAAAACUGUGUCAGAGAAUGAGACAGUCAACUAUACCAUUGCUUCUCUCAGCUGUACGGACAAAGAUGCUGGCACUGUCUUGACAUACACGAUUGCAGAUACCAACAAUACACUAUUUCAGCUGGAUAGCAACACUUUGCGUCUGAAAUCUCAGCUAGACUUUGAAACAGCCACCUACCAUCAGUUCCGAGUCAAUGUCUCAGAUGGUAUCCACACAGUUCAGGUUGAUGUGAGGAUCAUUGUUGGCAGUAUCAAUGAGUUUCCACCUGUAUUUGACAAAGCUAUUUACAUGUUAAAUGUAAGUGAAGCAGCCAAUGUGUCCUCCCUGAUCGGCACUGUGCAUGCCAAUGAUUCUGAUUCUCCUUUAGAUGAAAAUGGUAUUGUCAGGUACAUGAUGGCUAACAACCCUGACUUUGUCAUAGACUACAUUUCAGGGGAGAUUCUUGUGGCCAGAGGUCUUGAUAGGGAAAUAGCUCCCAAUUACACUAUCAUGGUAACUGCCCUUGAUGCAGACUAUGUUGUCAAUGCCAGUAUUCAUAUAACAGUCUUAGACAUCAAUGACAACCCUCCUGUGUUCACCUCAGCAUUGUACAGUGGAAAAAUAGCAGAAAACAGCACAGCUGGCACUAUUAUACUUAGAAUAACUGCCACAGAUAAAGAUGACCCUUUAACCAAUGGAUAUGGAGCAGUCACAUAUGCUAUAGUUGGCAAUAAUUCCUAUUUCAAGAUCAAUGAAUCCACUGGAGAAAUACAAAAUACUAGAGAACUUGAUACUGAUGUUACAGGCAUUAUCUUGUACACAUUCAAUGUGUCAGCGACAGAUAGUUUUGGCCUGAUAGGAGCUCUGUCAGAUACAACCCUAGUGAAUAUCCUAGUCACUACUGUCAACCAACACCAGCCUGUGUUCAGCUCCAGCACAUACAAUGUUACCAUCAAGGAGAAUCAGUUUUCAUUUGGGGAUGUCAUACUUAGUGUGACUGCAAGUGACAAUGACACUGGAAGAGAUGGAGAAUUUUAUUUUGAUUUCAUUAGUUCACAAGCUAAAUUUUCUCUCACUCAAAAUGGAUCGUUUGGGGAAAUUCGUCUUAAAGACACUCUUGAUUUUGAUAAGUCAGAUCAACUUUUUGUAAUUGAAAUUAAAGUUACAGACAAAGGGAACCCCCCGAGGUCCAGUACCACCACAGUAUCUAUUCAUGUGGAUGAUGUCAAUGACAACCCCCCAGUCUGUACAAGUGUCUUCUACCUGGCCAGAGCAGAGGGGACCAACGACACCAGCAUUGUAAACUUACAUUGUUCUGAUGCAGACAAAAGUAAUAACCUGACUUACACUGUGCUCAGAGUUACACCAGACGAAAUCUUAGUCAAUAUAAGCAGUACAGGAGUGGUCAGUACCUCUGCACCUCUAGACUAUGAAAUCUCUGACUUUUAUGAGAUAGUCAUUCUAGUUCAGGAUGACAGGCCUCCUGUCCAUAAUUCAACUGUGACUAUCAAUCUUAAAGUCAUAGACAUCAAUGAUAAUGAUCCAUCAUUUUUCGAUCAAAUGACAUUCUCUGUCUAUGAAAAUGAUACAGUGGAUGGCAAGGUGCUGUACAGAGUCAAUGCAAGUGGUAACGAUGGCCCAACAGAUGUUGUAACUUACUCACUACAGGACAGGACUUUCUUUGAAAUCUCACCCACAACUGGAGAGAUAUCAAUCAGAACAGCAGCACCUGAUUAUGAAAAGUUCAGGGACCAUUACAACUUGACAGUUUGUGCUGUAGACACUCCAAACCCAGUCAGACGAACAGCCUGUCAGAAUAUUAUGGUGACAAUCUAUGAUGUGAAUGACAACAUUCCAGUAUUUGAUCCAUCAGUUUACUCAAAAUCAGUUAAAGAAAAUGUUCCAAUUGGAACUAUCUUAGGUACAGUCACUGCUACAGACAAAGACAUCUCACCAACAUUUAACACUGUUCAUUACUCCAUUAUUGGUGACAGUGAGGGAAAAUUUAGUAUUGACAACAAUGGAUCCAUCACUGUCAACACAUCAUUGGACUACGAGACCAAGAAGAACUACAGCUUGUUGAUACUGGCCUCAGACUCUCUGAACAAUGCCACAGUGUACUUCAACAUUUUAGUUCUACCAGUGAAUGAAUAUGCCCCAGAGUUCAUAGCCCUUAACCUUACACUCACUGUGCCAGAGAACACUCAGUUUGACUCUAACUACACUCUGAAUAUCUCAGCUACAGAUAAAGAUGCUGGUCUCGAUGGUCAGAUUUAUUACACUAUAGAACCAGGGCCAUUUAACAUCAACCCCUACUCUGGUGUUCUCAAAGUUGUUGGAAAUCUAGACAGAGAAACACAACAGAAAUAUGUAUUACUGGUCAAAGCCAUAGACUAUGGGACACCACCCAAGACAGGGACAGCAACUCUUACUGUUGAGGUCACUGAUGUCAAUGACAACAUCCCAACAUGCACAUCUGAUGUGUUCACUGGACUAAUCCCAGAGGGAAUCAGAGCUCAGAACCAAUUGAUUACUAAAUUGACAUGUCAGGACGAUGAUCAAGAUCCCAACAACUUAAACGAUAAAAUUAACUACACCAUUGUAUCUGGUGAGACAACCAAAUUUGAAAUGGACCAGUCUGGUAACCUAAUGUUGAAGGCUAAUGUCACUCUGGACUAUGAAUCAGAUAAAAGCUUUGAGGUUGUUGUGAAGGUUGCUGACAAUGGUGUCCCUACUCAGUUGAGUUCCACUGUCAUAGUUCAAGUCUUAGUCACAGAUGUGAAUGACAAUUCGCCAUUGUUUAAAACACUGCCUAAACUCAAUGUUUCUGAAGAUACUAGUGUGGGCAAUAAACUUACAACAGUGCAUGCCAUAGAUGCUGACAGUGGAAAUAAUGGACUUGUAAAGUAUAGUAUCACUAAAGGCAAUGACAAAGUCAACAAUGAAAGUUAUUUCACCAUCAACCCAUGGAGUGGUGAAGUAUAUCUGACAAAACAGCUGGACUUUGAACAAAAAACUCUCUAUGAACUGGAGAUUACUGCAACAGAUCAAGGCACUAACCCUCUAUCUGCGACUGGCACUUUGACAAUAUACAUUUUGGAUGUGAAUGACAAUAGACCUGUGUGUGACCUUGUUAUUGUACUACUCAACUUACCUGAAAAUUCCAAAGGUGUAGAUGUUGCCUAUUUAAACUGUUCUGAUGUGGACACCGUUGGAAGUCUGACUUAUACAAUCAUUUCUGGAAGUGACAGUGCAUUGUUCACAAUCAAUCAAACUGGUGUCAUCAGGGUUACAUCUAGUGCUCAAAUAGAUUUUGAAACUACUCAACAGCUCAGUCUAGAGGUCAAGAUAUCUGAUGGGGUCCAUGAUGUGACUUCUUUUGUCAAGAUUACUGUCACAGAUCUUGAUGAGUUUGAUCCCAAGUUCUCUCCCCCUGGUCCAUAUAGCCUCAGUGUCCAGGAAAAUGUCAGUCUCAACAGUCUCUUAAUAACAGUGAAUGCCACUGACAAUGAUACCUUUGACAACAUCAGAGAUUUUAGUAUUGUGGGCGGCAAUAGUGAGAACAAGUUCUUGAUUGAUCCAAUCACUGGCAGUGUCAGAAUUUUGAACUCUCUUGAUUAUGAGAAAACAAAAUUCUACUCAUUGACACUGCAAGUGAAAGAUUCAGGCAACCGCACCAGUACAUCUGUAUUAAACAUAACUGUUUUAGAUGUGAAUGACAACCAUCCAUUCUGUAACACAACCUGGUUUGUGGUCAGUGUGUUUGAGAAUGAGUCUGGCAAAGUGCUGUUUACUCCGGACUGUUAUGAUCUUGACACCAAUUUAAAUCCUAAUGAUGCCUACAAACUUAUGUCUGGUAAUAUUUCCUCACUAGAUCUCAACAAAACAACUGGUGCUGUAUAUCUGAUGGCACCUUUGGAUUUUGAGACCAUGACAUCCCACACCAUGAUCAUCAAAGCAUUUGAUAAUGGUCCUCCAGAUGUUGGAAUUGACAUUACUCUGACCAUCAUCAUCAACCCAGUCAAUGAAUAUAACCCUGUCUUCAACCCUACCAGCCAGUAUAAUGUAUCUGUUCCUGAGGAUGCUCCCAUUGGUUUAGAAGUGGCAACAUUAAAUGCCACUGACCUAGACAAGGGAUAUCUUCAGGGUACAGUCCGGUACUACCUAGUUGCCAACACUGAGUAUUUUGAGAUGGAUGAGAGGACUGGGGAGAUCAAAACUGUGAGGCAGUUGGACAGGGAACUCAUUAGCAGCUACAAUCUUAGUGUGGAAGCUGUUGAUGACUAUCCAGGAUCACCAGAUAGCAGAUCAUCAUACGCCAGUGUAAUAAUCUCCAUACUUGAUGUCAAUGACAACACACCAGUCUUCUCUAAGCCACUCUAUGUUGCCACUUUAUCUGAAAUGGAUGAAAACCAUGAGAUAACAACUGUCAGAGCCACUGAUAAAGAUGAUCCCCAAACAAGAAAUUUUGGAACUGUCACUUAUGCAAUAGUGAAAGGAGGAUCAGAUUUUACCAUCAAUAAUAUAACUGGACAAAUAAACAACAGUCAUGUUCUGGAUGCUGACCUAACUGGAAAAACAGUUUACACAAUAAUGGUAACAGCAACAGACAGUUUAGGGGCAGCAGGAGCUUUGACAUCAACAGCUUUAGUGGUUGUCACAGUUAGCACAGUCAAUGAGUAUACACCAGAGUUCUCUUCCCCAUCCUAUAGCAUCACACUAAAUGAGACACAGGUCAAGUUUGGAAAUGAGAUCUUAAGUUUUUUUGCUCGAGACAACGAUACAGGUUUGGAUGGGGAGUUCACAUUUGACUUUGCUGUACCACAAACUAAGUUUGCAAUUGUGCAGUCUGACAAAGCAGGAAAGCUUAUUCUAAAUGACAAUCUGGAUUAUGAAAAAAAUGACACACUAUUUCAAUUUCAAAUCUUAGCUAAAGAUAAAGGCUCUUCAUCUCGCACUGGCACAACUGAGGUCACUGUGAUUCUAAAUGACAUGAAUGACAACUUCCCAAGUUGUGUGAGUGUGGUGAAUGUUGAUCUGCCAGAGAACACAAACCAAAUAGCUAAUGUGACAUGCACAGAUCAAGAUGCCAAGACAACUUUCAACUACACUGUUUUCAGUAUCACACCAGCCACUAUUAAUGUCUCUGUGUCUCUAAAUGGAGUCGUGACUGUAUCACCUGCCUUGGAUUAUGAGACUCAAACUUUCUACCAGAUCAUUAUUCAGGUGGUUGACACACAGUUGGGUAAUCCAGUCCACACAGCUAGUAUUGUCAUCAAUGUUCGUGUCAGCGACCUGAAUGACAAUAAGCCCUCCUUCAACAGACCCUUCAACUUUACAAUCAAGGAAGACUAUCCAGUCAGCAGCAACAUUCUCUACAGAGUGAAUGCCACUGGCAAUGAUGGGCCCUUUGACUAUCUGACCUAUUCUGUUUACCCAACAACUUAUUUCACAGUCACACCAUUGUCUGGGGAGAUAACAUUGAAGUCAACUGCUCCAGAUUUUGAGACUGUUGGAUCAUUGUACAUUUUAACAGUAUGUGUCAUGGACACCCCCAACCCAGUGUCGUUUACAGUCUGUCAGAACAUCAGUGUUACUAUUGAGGAUGUCAAUGACAAUAAGCCAGUGUUUAGUCCAGCUAUGUAUACCAGCUCUGUGUCAGAGUCAGAUCCCAAAGAUACAAGACUUGGCGCAGUUGUCACUGCCAAAGAUAGAGACAGUUCAGCUCAAUUUAAUACUAUCACUUAUAGUAUUCUUGAUGGCAAUUCAGCACAAAAGUUCAGAAUCAACGGCACUACUGGAGUGAUAUCUGUGGCCCAGGAACUGGAUUAUGAAACUGUGACCAGCUACUUUCUAAUCAUCCAGGCCACAGAUGGAAUGUUUACAGCUAAUGCCAGUUACACUAUCCAAGUUUUGCCUGUAAAUGACUUUACACCAACCUUCAAUGUCUCAACAUUACACUACAAUAUCACCGAGAACACUCUCACAAACUUCACAUUCAAUCUUGAUUUUAAUGUAACAGAUGGAGAUAGUGGAUUGGAUGGACAGUUCACUUACAGCAUUGAUCCAGGUCCACUUGAAAUUGACCCAGUCUCAGGUCUAUUGAAUGUGGUUGCUAACAUUGACAGAGAGACCAAUCAGGAGUACACCUUACACAUCAGAGCCACUGACAAAGGAUCUCCUCCAAAAACUGGAACCUUAACGCUGAUAGUGACUGUACUGGAUGUCAAUGACAAUGCACCUACAUGCACCCAGACUUUCUACACAGCGUUGAUUGUUGAAAGCAUCAUGACCCCAUCCAUCAUUGCUUCACUGAACUGCCUUGAUCGUGACCUUGACCCAUUACAGCACAACAAUGCCAUUAGUUAUACCAUGACUUCCAAUACAACCAAUUGGUUUGAAGUGACAAGUCUUGGUGUCAUCAAGGUGAAAAAUGGUGUCAGCUUUGAUAGAGAGGUGGAAGAUUUCUAUCCCAUAGUUGUUGAAGUUUCUGACCAGUCUUUGACCAAUAAACUGACCACAACAGUCAUUGCUGAAGUAACAAUUGCAGACCUAAAUGAUAAUUUUCCAGUGUUCAAUCAAUUGCCAUCUGUUUAUGAACUAGAAAAUAUUACUGUGGGUACUUCCAUCAUAACUGCUCAGGCUAAUGACAGUGAUAUUGGACCUAAUGCUGAACUAGUGUACAGUAUACUAAGUGGUAACAUUGGAAAUAAAUUUAGAAUUGACAAAACUGAUGGUACUGUGUAUUUAGAAAGUUCUCUUGACUAUGAAACAGUAUCAGAGUAUCAACUUAUCAUAACAGCUAGUGAUAAAGGUUCUCCACCACUGACAGGGACAGUCACUCUAACUAUCUUUGUGAAAGAUGUCAAUGAUAAUCCGCCCAACUGUGCAUUCUCUACACCUGUUGCUCUCCCUGAAAACAGCCAAAAUGUUUCCAUCCAAUUCUUGUCUUGUUCAGACAGAGAUACUGUUGGCACUCUAAAAUACAGCAUUGUAGCAGGUAAUGAGGAGAAUAACUUUGUUGUUGAUGCCAAUGGGAAUGUAUUUGCUGUAACUAAUGCGACACUGGACUAUGAAAUAAAGCAAGCAUAUGUGCUGCAGAUUCUAGUUACUGAUGGAGUGAACAAUGUCAAUGUAACACUGAAGGUGACAUUAACAGAUGUGAAUGAGUUCAAGCCUCAGUUUAGCCCAGUUGGUCCCUACAGUACGACAGUAAAAGAAAAUGCUAGUGUUGGCAGUGUUGUGUUUGUACUCAAUGCCACAGAUGGUGAUAUUUAUGAUCAUAUGAAGGUCUUCACUAUCACUGGUGGCAACUCCAAUCAGAAAUUUACUCUGGACGUCAACAAAAUCAAAAUAUUUUCCUCACUUGACUAUGAGCUGGAGAAAUCCUACACUUUGAGUCUGAUGGUACAAGACUCUACUGGUCUGAACAAUUCAACCACCUUAACUAUUUUAGUGGAAGAUAUCAAUGACAACAGUCCUGUCUGUAAUGAAUCAUUUGUUGUUGUCAGCGUGGAUGAAAAUGUCAGUAGCAAAGUUUUAUAUUCACCAUCUUGCACUGACGCAGACAAAGUGGCUUCACCUUCACUUGGGUACACAAUUUCAUCAGCUGUCAAUGCAGCACUUUCACUGAAUAAUGACACAGGUGUUCUGUCACUCAUCAGUGGACUGGACUAUGAAACGAUUACCUCCCUUGAUGUAGUUAUCAGAGUUUCAGACAAUGGUUCUCCUGCGCUAUCUACAUCUAUAAACAUUAAGGUCAAUGUUAAUCCAGUGAAUGAGUUCAACCCAAGGUUUACGUCAUAUUUCUAUGGACCAUUCUCACUUCCAGAAAAUGUCACCAUAGGUACUCAGGUAGCAGCUCUGACUGCAUCAGAUGAUGACAAAGGCUUGUUGCAAGGCACAGUCAGGUAUCAGAUAAUAGCUGGUGAUGACCAGCAAGUGUUUUAUAUUGAAGAGCUAACUGGAGUCUUGAAAGUGAUCAAGAACUUGGACAGAGAAAGCAAGGAUAAUUACAACCUGACUGUGAAAGCUAGUGAUGAUAUGCCUGGAUCCGUCAAUCAAAAAACAGGCAUUACCACUGUUGGCAUUCUUGUGACAGAUGUCAAUGACAACAUACCAACUUUCACACAGACCUUGUACUUCUUGAAUAUCUCUGAGAGUGCCAAAGCUGGCCCAGCAGUGGAGUUGUUAAAGUUUGUUGUUCAAGAUGCUGACAUAGAAGUCAACAGCCAGACCACUAUUGCAAUCACAUCUGGAAACAGUGAAAAUAAGUUUUCUAUUAAUGGUGCUUCACUUAUACUCCAGUCUGAGCUCGACUAUGAAACUACCAGUCGCUAUGAUCUCAUUCUUUCUGUCACUGACAAUGGCUCUCCAAAGCUGAGCUCUACUUGUUGGGUCAUUAUUGAGGUUCUUCCGUCUAAUGACAACAGUCCCCUCUUGAAUGUGACAUCUUUGACUAAGACAAUUCCAGAAGAUACAGCAGUUGGUACUUUAAUUUUUGAUGCUGAUGCUUCAGACCUUGAUAAAGGAAUGCAAGGAAAGAUUACCUAUGACAUAGUCAGUGGUGUCACUUCCAAUGAGUUUGUCAUAAACUCUGCCACUGGUCAACUGUACAUUGGCUCUGCCUUGGAUUUUGAUGCUGGUCCAAGAAGCUACUCCAUUAUUGUGAGAGCUACAGAUGGGGACAUCUUGGUUAUUAGGACUGCUACUGCCUCCCUGAGUAUCAUCCUAACUGAUGUGAAUGACAAUGCCCCAUUGUUCACAACAAACAAUUUUCUAUUCAAUCUCAAUGAAAAUUCUGCUGCUGGAUUGAUAGUUGGACAAAUUCUAGUUAGUGAUGCAGAUUCAGGGAGCAAUGGGCUAAUUACACUCAAUUUGAUAGGUGGAAAUGGUUUGCCAUAUUUCACAGUCAAUGCCAAUAAACAAUUAGUAACGACUUCAAAAAAUAUAGAUUAUGAAAUGAAUAAGGCACUGUUUCUAACUAUGACUGCAACUGAUGGAGGAUCUCCUUCUUACACCUCCAAUGGUCUUGUCAGAGUUGACAUUAACAAUCUCAAUGACAACGUUCCAACCAUCAGCCCAUCAGACUUUACUGUCCAUGUCAUUGAGAACUCAGGUGUAGGCACAUUAGUGCAGAGCUACACAGCCAGUGACCUUGACACACCAGUCAGUGUCUUCAUGAUGUCUGCAGUGAAUCCAUACUUUGAUUUGAAUAGUACUACUGGAGUCCUCACUGUGAAAACAACUCUAGAUAGAGAAAAAGUUAGCAAUCACACAUUAAAUGUGGUUGUUGUUGAUAGCACUACAUAUUCUGACAACACCACCCUUAAUUCAGCGACCGCAACCCUUACAGUGAUUGUGGAUGAUGUGAAUGACAAUGCCCCUGUCAUUACAGGCACAUACAGCAAGGUUAUCAAUGAGACAGCUGCUGUGAAUGAGCUUGUGUUCACCAUUGCAGCCACGGAUGCUGAUGCCGGUAUCAAUAGUGCAUUGGUGUAUGCAAUCACUGAUGGAAACAUCGGCGACUCUUUCAAAAUAGAUUUCAUGGGCAAUAUACUGGUGGCCAGACCCUUAAAUCCAGAUGUCACUAACAGCUAUUCACUGACUGUUACUGUUACAGACAGAGGCACACCUCCACUGUCAUCUAGCAUUGUUGUAUAUAUCUAUGUCAAUGCUGUCAACCAUCCACCAGUCUUUGAUCUUUCUUCUUAUGUCUUUGACAUUGAUGAGAACAGUCCUGUGGGUAGAAUAGUUGGCACUGUGACAGCCUAUUCUGCAAGCACUCAACUGACCUACAGUCUCCCUCUAGCUAGUUUUCCACUUUUCAAUAUUAACAGCACAUCAGGAGUGAUCUCAGUAUCAUCCGCCAACUUAGAUAGAGAGAAAGUGUCUCAGUACAGAGGAGUUGUUCAGGUUGUAGAUGGAGGAGUACCUUCACUCCUGGCCACUGCUUCUGUAAUUAUCAAUGUUAAUGACCUAGAUGAUAAUGGACCUGUUUUCAACCCAGACAGCUAUAGAGGUGUGGUCAUAGAGACAGCAACAGUUGGCACCAGCUUAGUUCAACUCACCACAACUGAUGCAGACACUCCUGUCAAUUCUGGUGUUGUUUAUAACAUCAGCAUUAAUAUGUUAAAUGGAAACAUAGCUGCAAGUCUCUUCCAGGUCAAUGCUGCUGGCCUUGUGACUAUGAAAUCCGCACUUGACUAUGAAACAUACAAGAAUGUCAGCUUCAUCAUCAUGGCUUCCAAACCCAACUCACAGCCAUCAGUUUCUGCAUCUAUACUGAUAGUUAUAACUGAUGCAAAUGACAACAUUCCUGUUAUGAAGUCAUCAUUUCUAAACACUGAGGUGGACUACACAAAGUCUUGUGGUGACAUUGUCAGCCAGGUCUUGGCAACUGAUGCAGACAGCGGGGAUAACAGCCGCAUUGUGUAUUCCAUAGACACUACAGCAUAUGGCACUUUGUUCACGGUGGACACAGUUACAGGUGAAAUCAAGAUGACUACAGCUGCAACAUCCAAUACUAAAUAUACUCUAGUUGUUCGUGCCAGUGAUCUAGGAGUGCCACAGCUAUCAUCUACUGCAACAGUCAGAAUUGAUACCUUUAACCCUGUGAACACCAUUUUGUCAUUUGAUCUUGCCAUCAGCAAGACAAACUUUUUGUCCCAGGAACAAGUCUUUUUAAACAAUUUAGAGAAUCAGCUGAAGCUGAAGUUUCCCAAUGCACUGCUAAAGUUGUGGUGUAUCACUGAGAGACUUGGUGUGGCCCAGGAACCAGGCACUGCCUCUAACAGACGUAAACGCCAAACCACAAGUCAACCUGUAACUGUUGGAGUCUAUGCUUUACAAGACGGCUCCACUGAUUCUCUUAAUAAUCUAGGUCAGAGCAAACAGUUUUUGUCACAAGGAGAUCUCUUGGCUGCAUUUUCUGACAUAGCCACCGGAAAAGGAGGACCACAGUACAGCUACUAUAGCAUCCAGAGUGUCAAGCCUUACAGUGGCACUGACAGUGGCACAGAUUGGUGGCAUACUAUCUAUGGCCCAAUAAUAACAGCCAUACUUAUUGCCCUGGGGAUUAUCUUGUUAGCUGUUUUGAUUUUUUGCUGCUGUCGACGUCAUCGUAAGAAAAAGAAAUCUGAAAGGACAUCUUCCAGUGAAGAGCCAGAAAUACCGGCUGAAGAUUAUUCUCACAGAUAUUUUAAAGGUUAUCAAGGUGUAGAUUUUUAUCCAUUCUAUCCAAGACCUUUUCCAGUCAGACUAGUGAAUGGAGAUCCUGAGCAAUUUUCAAAUCCAUAUUUUUCAAAAAAGCAUUAUUCCCAUUUGUAAGGUGCUGAUUGAUUCAUGCUUGUCAUUAUGUAGAGCACAAGUUUUGAAUGGUCUUAAGUUGCUGCGUUACACACAUCAGUGGAGAGAUUGGUUUUCAAUUAUUUUUUUUAUUAAUAGUUGUUUUUAUGGAAGUUUAUUUAUUCUUUAUUGACAUUCUAUUCACUUUCAAUGUGAUUACCUUCUUCUGGCUGUUUAGAUUUUAUAAGACAAUUAGUAAACACUAUCUUAACUGUGAUGCUAUAUACUUGAUAGAUUCAUGGGUUUGAAAUUAUCUUUUUUUUUAAAUGUAAUACAUUUAUAUGAAAUUUAUCAGGACAAUUUUCACUAUAGCCAUACAAAAACAUUUAUAUUUAAAUGCUAAGAAGCUUUGGCUUCCCACUACUUUCCUGAGACUGUAACAUUUUGAUAAUCUAUGGCUACUAUUUGUGGUUUUAGAUCUAAUAUUCUUGCUAAUGCAUUGUUGUCUAUCUGAAUGUUAUAAGAUUUUGUUACACUCUGACAAUGUGCCUUUAUCCUUUACUCUAUUUAUUUCUAUACAACUUAAAAAAAAAUACUACUUUAAUUCUUUACACUAUUAUUGAAUGUGAUAAUGUGCUAGAAUACAAGAUGAAAGUUUGCCAAAUAAAUACAUUUGUUCAAGUAGUUUCUCAACAUUAAUAAUUGAACCAAUGCUCACUCUUUGCUAUAUUGCAUUUAAGAAAUUAGUUUCUGAAAAAAUAUUUACAUUGAAAGAAUGGACCAUAGCUUUUUGUUAUUUAUACCCACAUAACUUAAUACAUUCCAUACCUCCCCAGUAGAAAUAUAAACUACUGCGAAUAUUAGUUAUAGCAUUUUUUUUUCAGUAGUUUGCUUCAACUUUUAGUAAAAUUUCACAUUUCUGUAGCUAUUUAUGUGCCUAAAAAAUGUUUUAAGCUCUAUAAAAAAAAAGCUAGGUACUCAAUAAUUUUUAAAGACAAAUAUUUAAAGUGAAAUGCCAGUUUAAAUUUCUGAAUUGUAAGGCAUGCAAGUAAAUGUUUGAUUUUUAUUUUUUUGUUACAAAGUAUGUUUAGGUGUUCAUGACAAUUGAUGUAAGCAAAGUUGGACUAUUUAUAGUUACUGUAAUCAAAAUAUUUAUAUAUUUCUUUUUUAUUUCUCACAUGUGAAAUUUAUUUUAUUUAUAAAUUUUGAUGAAGUUGUUUAUUUCAAACUAACAUUUAAAAUUCAAAAUUGUUAUCAUUUUGUAUAUUUCAAAUAAAUUUCAAAUCAGAAUGUAAUAAAACAUUUCUGCUGGCAGGAACAUGUUAUAA